AUGUAUUUGGUAUGCAUUAAUGUUUAUUAAGAUUGUUGCUGGAUAUAUGCCAUUUAAAGCACCUACUGCCACAUAAAUCUUAGAGUUAAAUAGAAAAUGUUAAGUUAGUUUUGAUAAAUCUCCUUGGUAGGAUGUUAAUCCAGAUUUAAAAUACUUAAUUAAAAAGAUGCUUGAAUUUAAAAUUGAAGAUAGAAUAAGUUGCUAAGAAAUUUUAGAGAGCCCUUAUAUUUUAUAUCAUUCACGUCAGACUUCAGAAACUAAUUAUAAGUCUAACUAAAUCUUAAGUGGACUAGAAUUAGAUAAAUGUAACAGGCAAUCAAUGAAAAGUAUUAAAUAAAGUGAAUAAUCUAAUGAUAGAAGCAAAGAAUUUUAAUUAGAUUUUUCAAUUCAUACAAAUGAUAUUAAAUCUCUCUAUUAAAGGAAUUCUUAAAAAACUAAUAAAUCUAAUCGAUCGAUAAAUUCCUUAGCUAAAAAUUCAUCACAAAAAAAAAUAUCACGAUCAGUACCUAAAGAAUGUUAGCUUUCAAAAUUUUAAAGUACAAAAAAAAUGGAAGAUUAGGAAUCGCAUAAAAGUUAAAGCAAAAAAUAGAGUUCUUUUGGAGAUGUUUUGAUAUGUAAAUGAUAUGAUUAUGAUUUUACUAGAAUAAGAUCAAAAGAUUAUAACAUUUGAAGACACAGACUCUUUAAAUUUGGAAUAGAUUCUAUAUUUAAAAAGAUCUGGUGUGGUAUUUAAUAAAGUGAAAAAACCACUCAUUUAAACUUCCAACCAAGACAACUGA